AUGAGUUCAGAUGGGGAAACACCUAAAUUGAAAAGUUAAGGAUCUAAACAUGAUACUACAAACUCAUCAAUAGCAAAUAUUGGAGGAGCUCAAUAAAACUUAUAAAUUUUGAAUGACCGCAAAGUUUUAAUGAUUUAUGCAUCUGGGGCGACUGCUGCAGAAGGUGAAGUUAGUGAAUCUCAUAUGACUGUAAUGAAAGGAAGAUUAGAAUAAAGAUUGAAAAACAUUUCAUUUCUUUGUGAUCUUGAAUACACUUAAGUAUUUAAUUAUUCAUAUCCAAAAGUACCAUAAUCAAGAUGGAUGUCUUACAACUCCAAUAUCUGAAUUUGGAAGAAGAACAGUCUAUAAAGUUAUGGAAUUGGAAUAAAUAACAAAUUCUAGACAAACGGUAAUUUUAUUUUCUCUAUCUAGUCUUAUACUGAUAUUAGACAUAUUGCUGAAAUCAUAAAAGAAAAUUAUGAAAAAUAUAGUGCCUUUGUUAUUUUGAGUGGGAUUGCAACAAUCACUUAUCUAGGCACAAAUUUAUCGUUCAUGUUAGAGAAUUUACAAAAAACUGUAGUCAUAACUGGUUCUCUAAUACCAUUGUCAUUUAUGAGAAAUGACGCAUUUUAAAAUAUCUUAGAUUCAUUAAUUUUAGCUGGUCAUUUCUUGAUCCCAGAAGUUGUUAUAGUAAUGGACCAUAAAGCUUAUAGAGCCAAUAGGUGUAGACAAUUAAAAUGUGAUUCUUUGGAUUGUAUUGAGAGUCCAAAUUUUCCACCUUUGGUAGAAUUUGGAAUUAAUAUUGAAAUCAAAUGGUAAUUAGUAUUAAGAAGAGGAGAACAAAUGUUCACAAAUGAAGAAAGCACCUUAGAAUUAGCUCCUCAUUUUGUGACAGAUAUCAUAAUUAUAAAAAUAACACCAUACACAAGUGUUGAACAUAUUAGACAUAUUUUAAAUACUCCUAAAUUGAGAUGUUGUAUAUUAGAAUGUUACCACUUUGGUGAGAUGCCUCAUAGUUAAGAGUUGUAUAAUGUAUUGUUGUAUGCUCAAUAACAAUUGGGAAUCAUAUUAAUUCAAAUAUCUUAAUGCACCAAAGGAUAACCAAUUAUCAAUUUCAAGAAAGUAGUUAAUGGCAUUAUUGUUUAAUAUGAUAUCACACCAGAAAGUGCUUAAGCUAAAAUAGCAUAUUUAUUAGGCAAAGGAUACACUAAUUAAGAAAUAUUUAGAAAAUUCCCAUAAAAUUUGUAAGGUGAAACUGAAUCUGUUAGAUAAUUUGAAAAAUUUGAAGGACAAAAACAACAUUUCAUAUAAACUAUUUUAGAGACUCUAUAAAAAACAUCUGGAGAUGAAUAAAUUAGUCAAAAUAUGGACAUUAUGAAUAAAUAUAUAAUACCUAAUUUGGGAUGUUUUCUUGCUACAACAGGAUAACUAGAAUUAAUUAAGGAUCUUAGAAAGAAUGAAGGGAAUCUCAAUAUACCUGAUUUUGAUGGGAGAACUAUACUUCAUUUGGCUGCUGCAAAUAAAUAAUUUGAAAUCAUUAAAUAUUUAAUUGAAGAAGUUGAAGUUGAAAUUAAUCCAGUUGAUUACUUAGGAUAUUCACCCAUGUAUGAAGCAUUGAUUAGUAGAGAUAAAGAAUUAUUAUUAUUCUUUUAGUAAAAUGGAGGCAUUAUAUUAGCACCACAUCAUGUAAUGGUAGAUUUAAUAUUAACUUCUGGUUUAGAUGGAGAUUUAUAGAUGUUAGAACUUAUUUUUCAUGGAGGAAUUAAAAAUUUGAAUGAUUUUGUUAAUGUUGAUAAUCGUAGCAUAGGUCAUAUGGCAGUAAUGUCUAUGAAUUUAAAAAUCAUCAAAUUCUUAAGAUUUAAAGCUAAAUUCGACUUUAGUGAAAGAGAUAGAUGGGGUAAUACUCCAUAUGAAAAUGCAAUUGAAAUUAAAAGCAAAAAAAUUAAAAUGUAAAUGUUAAAUGAAGUGGCUAUCAAUGAAAUCAUCGAGAUAUUGACUACAAUAGGAAAUGAAUGA